GAAACAAAACAAGAAAUGAAAAUUUUACUGUACCUUAAAAACUUUCACCACGAGAGAAAUUACAAUCUGAGUGAAAAAAUAAUUAUUAUAAUAUCUGGGUUUCCAUUUUUAGGGUUGUUUGAGAGAGAGAGAGAGGAAAGAGAGAGAGAGAAUGGGAAGAGGAAAGGUACAACUGAAGAGGAUAGAAAACAAGAUAAACAGACAGGUAACUUUCUCAAAGAGGAGAGUUGGAUUGCUAAAGAAGGCUCAUGAGAUCUCUGUACUGUGUGAUGCGGAAGUGGCUUUGAUUGUUUUUUCCUAUAAGGGGAAGCUCUUUGAGUAUGCCACUGAUUCUUGCAUGGACAGAAUCCUUGAGAGGUAUGAAAGAUAUUCAUUUGCAGAGAGGCAAUUAGUUGCAAAUGAACCCCAGUCACCUGCAAACUGGGCACUAGAAUACUCCAAACUUAAAGCUAGAACUGAACUUCUGCAGAUGAAACACAGCCACUAUAUGGGAGAAAAUCUUGACUCGAUGAGCCUGAAAGAUCUUAAAAAUUUGGAGCAACAGAUUGAAACUGCUCUUCAGAACAUUCGAUCUAGAAAAAAUCAACUGUUGCAAGAGUCAAUCUCUGAGAUGCAGAAAAAGGAGAAGGCAUUACGAGAACAAAACAACAUGCUGGAAAAGAAGAUCAAAGAGAUGGAGAAGGAAAUGGCAGUACGGCAACAGUGGGAACUUCCUAAUCCUAAUCAUGGCGGUAAUGGACCACCGUUCCUAAUGGCUCCUCAACUUCCUUGCCUCAACAUCAGUGGUGCAUAUGAAGGAGAAUCAGCAGAAGCCACCAGGAAUGAACUCGAUCUCAAUCUGGAUUCACUGUAUUCAUGCCAUCUUGGAUGCUUUAAUGCAUGAAAAAUAUAUAAAGACUGCUUCUUUAAGUAGGAUUAUAUUUGGAUCAGAGAAUAAUAUACUCUCGCGUAUUUAUCAUGUUCGAGUGUAUUGUCUUUGCUAAUUUCCAUCUCCUCUGAGCAAAUUAUUUAUAAGACUGUAUUUUGCAAGGAGUAUUUAGCGAAGAAACUCUAAAUACGUUGCAACUAUGAAAUAAUGUAAUCUAUGUACGUAUAACAUUACAUAUGUGACUUUGAUUUAUGCAUUAUGAAUCCUUUCACAGUAAUUCA